CAAAAUUCGAUGGCGAGCACUGCGCCACAGAGUCGCCCGUAUCGAUCCCAUCGUGUUCCAGCAUGCAUCCGCUGUCGGUCGCGUAAAAUCAGGUGCCAGAUCGAUAUCCCGGGCGAACCAUGCAACGCAUGUCGGACAGCAACUCAGCCCGGUCAAGAACGCUUGCAAUGCCAGUACAUUGAGUCAUCUUCUUCCAGCAAACCAGAAUCUCCCAAUAGUCGUCCCACGACUAAGCGACGCCGCAUCAGCAAUUAUAACAAUGUCAAUGAUUCCGAAGCCAAUACGCCCGUACGACCAUCCUCAGCACCACUAUUGCAUAAACCGUCUAGCCAUCCAUCAGCAAGUAUUAUUCUAGCCCCUCAUGUAGCGGAAGACGUGGACAUAGUCCAACGACACAUCUCCCGAGAUGCGAGCGCUUCUAUACCAGGAACUACCUCUAUGGGCAACUCGGGGACUGGCUCGGCGACUGCAACCACAUCUGCGCCUGCAACUCAACCUUACUCAACUGUUUUCCGCGAUGUUUCCAAUCCCAUUGUAUAUUUGACAGUGCCUCGAUUCCGAACAGGUUUAGCGCCCGAGCUGGGCGCUGGCCGAGAGCAGUUCGAAGUGAUUUCGCAGAUUGUAGGUCCCUUCAAACGCGAAGUCGUGAACCUCUAUAUGAGUCACGUGCAUUUUAGCUUUCCGAUUCUUGACGAAGAAACGUGCGCACGCCUUCUACAGAAAGAUGGCAAUCAAGCGGUGCCAAAUUCCGUCUUGUGCUGCGUGUAUGCCGCAGGACUUACUCAAUGGAAUCUUUCUUCUACUCUCAGAAUGCACCCCAAGCCAAAUUUACAUUUCGUUUUCACAAAGGCUAUCAGUGCCGUUUUGGAAGAUUUUCUGAGUCCCAGUAUGGGGACCGUUGCAGCGGCCCUGUUGGAUCAGAUUGGCCGUCCCAGCGUGUCUAUUGUGGGAAACCUAACGCUCUGCGGGCGAACUGUGGCGCUGGCUCAGGCGUUUGGAUUGCAUCGAGACCCUUCGAAGUGGAAUAUCACUUCCCCCGAAAAGGUUGCCCGUAUACGUACCUGGUGGGGGGUUCUGAUUACCGAUCACUGGAGCAGUCUUGCACACGGCGUUCCUCCUCAAAUUUCCAAAAGGUUUUACGAUGUCCCACGACCGACUAUUGCCACUCUUCUCCCAUCUACAUUUCCUGAUGGCAGAAUUGGUCCCACUGAUACCCAAAAGCAUGCCACAGCGAACUUUGUUCACCUGUGUGCCCUAACAGAGCUUCUCGGGGAAGUUCUCCCUCUUGUCUAUCAAGUACAACCACUGGUCUCUGACCUGGACUCCGUAUCUCACCCAGCCGUACCAGAUCAAGCAAUACAAGACUCCAAGACUCGACUCAGUAUCUUAGAACACCAAAUUCCACCCUGGCGAUCUCAGGUCUCCAGUCCAGGUCUUAGUAAUUUGUGGUUCUGUUUCCUUUCGACACGACUGUUAUUAAGUCGAGUCACGCUGCGAGCCGCGGUCGUUAGAGGCGAUGUAACGCGAAAGCUGGCUGGACUCCGGGAAUUGCAUAGUGCUGCGAAGGGAGUGCUGGAGUUCAUACUUAGGUUAGGGCAGAUCGAAUUCAGGGAUUUUUGGUUUCCAUACGCUACGCAUCUACUUGUGCAAGCUGUUACUGUUUCCCUCCGCUGCACUCUUGAGACCGAAUCAUCCGAGGCACGACAAGUUUCUGUGUCCAUGCUCCAGCGCGUUCUCGACCACAUUAGAUACGCUCGAGACACCUAUGACUGGGAUAUAGCAGACUAUUGCCUUGAACGCUGCACCGACUCUGUUUCCAAAGUCGCCGCUAUCUUCCAAUCAUCCCAUUCCACCGCGUCCGCCACGGCAUCUUCGCAAUCCCAGCAAUCGCAUCAACUAUCCCACGACCAUUUACACCACUCACAGCUUCCACCACACCUCAAUCAACACCGCUCUAACAUCGCCAAUACGUCCUCUUCCUCGACUAUACCUCCCACAAACCAUUCGCGUACUUACCCAUCCUCUCCCGUCGAUCUUCAACCUACUGUCACUGCUAGCGCAGAUCCCCUUGCUUUUGCUGAUCCAAACGCCGCUGAUCCUCUCCCUCUAUCUGAUCUUCUUGAUGCGAGCGGCAACUCGCUGUUUGAUUUUGACUUUGAUAUGUCAAUGUCAUGGGAGGCAUUGUGGGAUGCCCCCAGCGGUGUGGGUAUGGGUAUGUGACAUAUUCACUAGGCUAUUUAUACAUGAAUGUAAUAAGAGGGUGAAAUAUGAAAAGGACAGUUUUUUGUAAUGGAUAGGAUCGAUGUUUUGUAUCAUAAAAAGGUAUGUGGAUCGAGUGGCCCUAUGCCAUUCUUU